AUGCAAAAUAUUCCCUAUGCAUCAGUUGUUGGGAGUCUAAUGUAUUGUCAAGUUUGUAUGCGUCCGGAUAUUGUGUACAUUGUUGGAUUGUUAGGCAGCUAUUUAAGCAAUCCUGGAAUGGACCAUUGGAUAACAGCCAAAAGGGUUAUGAGAUAUCUUCAGAGAACAAAAGGUUACAUGCUCACAUAUAAGAAAUCAGAUCAUUUGGAGAUCGUAGGGUAUUCUGAUUCUGAUUUCCUUGAGCUCCAAGAUAGCAGAAAGUCUACAUCCGACUAUAUUUACCUGUUAGCUGGAGGAGCUAUAUCUUGGAAAAGUGCCAAGUAG